AAUUCAGCAUAACCUACGUGUCUUUAGAUUGCAGUUCAUAGUUGGUUUCGCGUGUUUAUAACUCUUUGAGAAUCAUAACAAAUUUUAAUCGCGGCUCAACGUAUAUUAACAUAAAAUGUUACGGUAAUCAUGUCAAAAAUACGAGCAGUACAGUUGUUGAAAUUUUAGAUUUUUUGUAAAAAAUGGACGCGAUACGAGAUUAUUUGGAAUGUAUGAACUUUCAUUGGUUGAUCGUGGUAGCCACGGGACUAUACACGCAUUUACGGGAAAUCUGCUUAAUUGGACUCUGUUCGGAAGACUACCCGGAACCUACGUUUGAUUCAUCCUACGCAUCUCUUAUUUUCAUUUUUUCCACGCUUUGCUUACUGGCCGAGUACAGGUUAUGGCCUCGAUCAUUGAAAGAACCACCAAUACAACUUCUCAUUAUCUACGAGAUGCUUGUAUCGGCUUUGGUAUCAGAUUUGGCGAAACGGUUGAUUUGGAUACCUCUCAUGCGCGUAACGUGGUGUCUCACUCAGGAGUCAAGCAAAGCGCUGACAUGGGUAAAUGAUCAAGCCGAUUUGGGUAAAUACUCGUAUCUCAUCACGGUAGCUUCCUACAUGUCAACAGAAGCGGCGGCGAUGCACACAGCAAUUUGUAUAUCUGUUCUCACAUUUUUAUGGAUGCUCGAUGCCACAGAAACUCUUGAUUCUCUUCUUAUAGAUCUGUGGGCUAAGUACUAAGUAAAGUACUUCUUGUUCGAUAAGCACAGGAAGCUCGAAAUAAUCGGA